AUGUUGAACACUGUCUGUUCCCUCCAUCCUUACCAGAAGGAAAUUGUUGCAUACAGCGUCAAUGCCAAGGAUAUGCGUUUGAGGCCCUGUACCACAGGAUCGGGGUAUGAGGACUGGGAGUACCUUGGAGAAUGGUGUAGUGAGCCUGCUAACUCGACCUGGGGCAACGGUGACUGGGCCAAGGUAUGGGGGUACAAUUUCGAAGUUGGGAAUGUGUUCAGUCUCGACAAAGAAGGCUACGAUGUCAAUGGCGAGACUUUCAUCACCCUCCGCGUUGAGGGUUCGUAUGUCCCGAUCACCGAAUCUGUUACCUCAAUGCAAGGAAUGCUCUGGGCGCCCGGAGCUAUCUCGAUACCAGACGGCGGAAACGUGACUUUUGAACCGACUAUGGCAGGUGUGCUUGACUGGGGAUCAUCCUCAUAUGCUGCAGCAGGAAAUGUCUUACCAGCGACGUCUCAAGCCUCCGAGAAGAGCGGUGCGCCUGAUCACUUUAUCUCGUACGUGUGGCUGACUGGGGACGUUUUCGGAGGCGUCGCCGGAUCCCCAAGUGACCAGCAAGGCUGGCAGAACCCGCUACUGCUUCCCCGUGAAUUGAAUAAACAUACUAUUUCCAAUGUGGUGGAUAAUGACCUUGCCUGGGAGACUGGCUCGUGGCGUGUGGAUGAUAGCGAGAAGAGCUGCCUUAAGCUUGAAACAAUGGGGAUCAAGAUUGCGAGGGAGACAUACAAGGCAAUGACAAACACGACGGCCCUUCAGCGAGCCGAAGCGCACGUUGAGCGAUGCCUCUCUGCCCGUGACUCUGGUGUUCAAGCAGGUUUCAAGAUUCUUCCCUCGGAGCUUGAAUCGACGACUAUCUACUACCGAUUCUCGAAUGAAUCGAUUGUCAUUGACCGCAGUAACACAAGCGCAGCUGCCCAGCCAACCACUGGAAUUGACACUGCCACCGAGUCCGGGCGUUUGCGGUUGUUUGACAUCAGUAAGCAUUGCAAGGACGACAGUAAAGAUGAGGGUGAUGAUAGAGAGCAUGGCAGAAACUGCCACAUUGCCAAGCGUAACGCGUUCGCUGCAGAGGAUGAGUCCCACAUCGAGACUCUGGAUCUCACUGUUGUGGUUGACAACGCUGUUCUCGAAGUUUAUGCUAACUCACGGUUUGCCCUUUCUACCUGGGCUCGUACCUGGUAUGCCAACUCAACCGAGAUUAGCUUCUUCCAUAAUGGCGAGGGAGAAGUCACUUUCAGCGACAUCAGUGUGUCCGAUGGCUUGUAUGAUGCCUACCCAGACAGGGCGAGGUAA